GAUAUUUCUAAUUAAAAUGAAUAAAUUUCUAUAUUAUGGAAAUGCCGAGUCCAUUCCGGGUUAUAACUGCAGUGAUUUCAAACCGGUAUGGCCAAAUCCAAACAUUAAUUUGUAUGCCGGUACUUUGGACAUUGUUUACGGAAUCAUUGUGAUUAUGUUGUAUGUACCCACAGUGAUGGUAUUCUAUAAGCAGUCACAUUUUCAAGCAUGUUUCAAAAUCAUGUUUUUCUUGGGGCUCUUCGACAUUGGAGCUAUUUUGAUCAACUCAAUCACAACUGGAUUUCUCCAAAUUCAUGGUGCAUCUUAUUGCGAUUUCCCCAACUUCAUCUACAUAUCCGGAUCAAUCGGGUUAGGAUUCUGGUGCAGUGCUUGCUUGACCUGCCUUGUUUUGGCACUGAACCGAAUUCUUGAUAUGGUGUGUCCUAUGAUGGUGAAAACAUAUUUCCGAGGAAUGAAGACUUGUGCUGUGCUCAUGGCACCUGUUCUCUAUGGCUUAUUCUUUGCAUUCUUUACUCCUCCAGUCAUAUUUUCUGCCGAACAUCAGACAUGGUUUUUCGAUCCACGCACUAUGAAAGGACAUUACCAGGAAUACACAAAUAUUCCACACACUAUUAAUAAUUUUUCGCUGGUUUUCUUGACGAGCUUCCUCUACAUGUUUUUCUGUUUUAAAGUGCGGAGGCAAUUUCGAAAGAGCUUCAGACCAAAGAGAACUGCCAGACAGCGUCAGAUUUUCUUGCAAGCUUUUCUUUUGUGCUUGAUACAUUUAUCUGCAUCAAUUCUCUAUGUAGUCAUGCAAUUUAUUGAAGUUCCAAAGUUCUUGACAAUUAUUUCACAAUAUCUUUGGCAGUUGGCUCAAGGUUGUCCCGUCAUAAUCUAUCUCAUUUUCAACCGAAAAGUGCGCGCUGCUUUGUUGGUUUUCGUGAACCCUUCUUCUCAGGAAAAUAAGUCAUCAAAUCUCAUCCGAAAAAGUGGCGAUCGGUUGAUCCAGUUGGUACCAAAUCAGAACCAUAACGUUAACACUCUGGGAAACAUUACAAUGACGAAAAAUUAUGAAAGUGAAUAUCAAGUUAGACUACAGCUGAUACGAGAGGCAAAUAAUGUGGAAGUGAAGCAUCAGAAAAUUAAUAACUAUAAUAAUAAUAAUAAAAAAGAUCCCGAGUAA